UCUUUUGUAUCCAAGAAAAUAAAAGCUUUCUGCUUAGCUGUUUUAACACAAUAACCUCCAAACAUGCUUUCAUUGUGAAGGUACAGAGACAUUUCUGAGUAUAGUGAUUCUAUUGUACUCUUCAAGAUUUUGAUGACAUCAAAAGCUAGAUCAUGGUUGUGUAUCUGGACAAUUUUUCAGAAGAAGCAACAGAUUUAUAAUCUGAAAGUACUGCUAGGUUGUCACGUCAACCUUCUGAAGUCAAGAAUUGGGUGCAUCUUCAGUGCUUAUUUGAAAAAGGGCACAAUACUAGGCUGAAAGGGGCUCAGCAGUGAAACCCGAACUUUAUGUCAAGUCAACAAAAGAUACCAUGAUGUCUCUUACAUGUGAGAAUUGUGGUGAGAAAUGAAACAUUUCACCAAACGUUGUUUAUCAGAAUCAAAUGAAACCUCAUCAACUGUUCAAGUAAAUUACCUAGUAGGUUCACUUUUAUUCAGGGAUGACCAGCUCAUCUUCCUGGAGACCAGAUCCACAUAAUGGGACAACUGUGCAGCCACCUCACUGGUACCUGGCAUAAUGGGAAGUGGCAGGGACUGGGAUAACUAAGAGUGUGCAACAGAGGGAAGGAGGAAGUAAAACAAAUAGGUCUUAUAUACAAGUGAAGCUUUCAAACUGAGAAAUUUUCGAAGUUGGCCAAAGUUUACAGAGGAUGCAGCCUCUUAAAUUCUGGCGCAGACAAGAAAAAUGGCUUAUCUGCAGUUAGGACUGCCAGACUUGGUCCAUGAACCUGCCUAGUAGCUUGUCUUGAAAUUACAUCCAUUUGGAGCAAAGUGGAAAGGACCUGCUGCCAGUAGAUACAGUAAUGCAGGGCUCACCCAGGAAAUGUAGGUGUAGCUCUGCCUGCGAGGCUGUUGCGGUUGGCUUAGUUGAGGCUCACCCAGGGAGUGGAGAAGAGGACCAGAAGGAGGAGGCUGCGCCUGCUCAUUUAGCAGGCUGCUGUCUUGUGCAUGCACUACCUCAUCCUAACUUCUUGCUGCCUUAAAGUAAAUGCUGCACUCUUCACAAGGUUUUGAGAGCAGGAGAGGUUGUGGGAAGUACAGAAAACAGGGAAGCUGUAGUUAUACCUGGAGGGAAAAGAUGCUUAUCUGUGCUUUCAAAUGUAAAACUCUCCAGUUAUUCUAUAUUAACCAUUAACCUCAAAUGGCACAAUGUUUAGUUUUAUAGUAUCCAUGUUUUUUGUUGCUCAUUUUCCUUGCUCUGAGCAAUUUCUUUUUUUUCCUGCACAGGUUUGCCAUGUUGAAAUUUGUGUGAUGUGAGAGGUUAAGUUGAAGUGAUCGGAACAUAGAGAGUUAAAAAGUAAUAAUUACUCCAGACUCUUUAAGUCUGAUCAUCAGUCUCUUCGUAUCAUCUCCAUUUAUUUCGCUUGCACCAAGUGCUCUGAGAAAUUUGACAAUUUUGCUAAUUUUGCUGAUGGAUUCUAACCGUAUCUUUAACAGAGUCACAACCAGGGAGAAGGUAACUGAAAGAUGGAAAGCAGACUUCUAAUGAAGCCUUAAGCAGUGUUCUAAAAAUAUUUUUUUGAGUCUGAGUACCAGGGAUGGAAAGAAAGCAGUACAGGAAAUGAUGAGGACAAGCUGCUACAGGGAAUGCAAGAGCUUCAGGGAAGAAUCUGGCUAAAAGUGUAGAAAGCACCUGUCGGAGUCAUGACUGCAGGACUGAAAGGGUUGAUGGAAUUAAACAAGACCAGAGUUGACAUUUACUUGGGUUUCAAAGACCUGGAAAGUCAGGAGAAAAUACAGAUAUUUUGUUUAUUAUUUUGAGAAAGAGAUUAGUGUUGGACGUCAGGGUGCAAAAAUUAGGGCAGAUGCAGAGACAUAUAAAUGUAUGUAGAAAGCAGGAUAAAAAGUCCAAAGCUACAGAAACGUAUUUAAAAGUUGGAGGCAGCAAAGUGGCAAAGAUUAUUUAGGUUCAGAAGAAUAUACUUCAGUGUUUUAAUGGUAAAGAAUUUUCUAAAAGAAAUCUUAAUUAUUUUUUUAAAAUGUAUGGUAUAAUUGGAGAACAAAGACUUUAAUUUGUAUCCAACAUUAAGAAAUAGUUGGGUGGUUUAAUGUCUCAGAAGAGUACAAUUAAAUGUGGGACACCCUCUAGAUCAUGACUAUUGCUGUUGUAGUUGCACAGUCUGAAGUAGAGCUGUUCCGUUCCUCAGCCCUCAAGGUGAUUACCUGUAAGACAGUUCCUCCUCCUUAAAAUUCCUGUUGCUCAUCAGAACAUAUUUUAAGCAGGUAAAAAACCAAGCUACUCUAGUACAGACAGUUUUGGCUAAGUUGAGAAAGCAAAUGAAAUUCUGGAGUUAAACUGUGUUCUGAGUUAAUACAGGAAAAAUAUUUGGUCACCUCUCAGUAGUUUGUGGCAAAGCAUUUGGCAUAGCUACUGAUGAAAACUUUGUUAUCACCACAACAAACAGGAAAGAAAUUACAGAAGACAACUUCAGUGAACUUGUUCAAGAUGGAGUGACUUUGUAUCUGCUACAGUCAGUUGAUCAAAUGCUGCUUUCAGCGACAAAGGAGCGAAUUGACUUCCUGCCCCACUAUGAUACACUUGUCAAAAGUGGCAUGUACGAGUACUAUGCCAGCGAAGGGCAAAAUCCUUUGCCAUUUGCCCUUGCUGAGUUGAUUGACAAUUCUCUGUCAGCUACAUCCCGAAAUACUGGUAUUCGGAGCAUACAGAUAAAACUGUUGUUUGAUGAUUCCCAAGGAAAACCAGCUGUUGCUGUGAUCGAUAAUGGAAGAGGAAUGACUUCUAAACAGCUUAACAACUGGGCUGUAUACAGAUUGUCAAAGUUUACAAGACAAGGUGACUUCGAGAGUGAUCAUUCAGGAUAUGUACGCCCUUUGCCAGUGCCUCGUAGUUUAAAUAGUGAUAUCUCAUAUUUUGGAGUUGGAGGCAAACAAGCAGUGUUCUUCGUUGGACAGUCUGCCAGAAUGAUAAGCAAACCUGCAGAUUCUCAGGAUGUUCAUGAACUUGUCCUUUCUAAAGAGGAUUUUGAAAAGAAGGAGAAAAACAAAGAAGCAAUAUAUAGCGGAUACAUUCGAAACAGAAAGCCAUCUGACUCUACUCACAUCACAAGUGAUGAUGAAAGAUUUCUUCGUAAUCUAAUAUUAGAAGAAAGGGAUAAAGAGAGUUUCACAGCAGUUGUCAUUACAGGUGUACAACCAGAUCAUAUGCAGUACUUGAAAAACUUUUUUCAUCUUUGGACAAGGCAGCUGGCACAUAUCUAUCACUAUUACAUCCAUGGACCAAAAGGAAAUGAAACUAAUGCUGUAACAAAAGACAUAAGCCCUUUCAACAACAUUGACAUUCAGAUUUCAAUGUUUGAAAAAGGAAAAGUACCAAAGAUUGUCAAUCUUAGGGAGAUCAAAGAUGACAUGCAGACAUUGUAUAUAAAUACUGCAGCAGAUAGUUUUGAGUUUAAGGCACAUGUUGAAGGAGAAGGUAUAGUGGAAGGCAUCAUCCGAUAUCAUCCCUUCCUCUAUGAUAAAGAAACAUACCCUGAUGAUCCAUGUUUUCCAUCAAAAUUAAACGAUGAUGACGAUGAUGAAGACUGCUUUAUAGUAGAAAAGGGUGCCAGAGGAAAAAGGCCUAUUUUUGAAUGUUUUUGGAAUGGAAGAUUAAUACCAUACACAACUGUGGAAGAUUUUGAGUGGUGUGCUCCUCCAAAGAAGAGAGGAUUGGCACCAAUUGAAUGCUACAACAGAAUUUCUGGUGCAUUAUUUACCAAUGAUAAGUUCCAGGUCAGCACAAACAAACUCACUUUCAUGGAUCUGGAGCUGAAGCUAAAAGAUAAGAAUACUCUGUUUACAAGAAUCUUCAAUGGACAGGAGCAGCGAAUGAAAAUUGACAGAGAAUUUGCUUUGUGGCUCAAAGACUGUCAUGAAAAAUAUGACAAACAGAUAAAAUUCACAGUCUUUAAAGGAAUAACUACACGUACUGAUUUACCAUCCAAAAGAAUGCAGAGCCCUUGGACAAUGUAUGCUGCAAUAGAGUGGGAUGGGAAAACUUACAAAACUGGACAGCUGGUGAAAACUGUUAAGACUCUUCCAAUAUUCUAUGGAAGUAUUGAGAAAUUUUUUUUGUAUGGAGACCAUGAUGGGGAUAUAUUUGCCACUGGAGGAGAGGUUCAAAUUGCUUUGGAACCUCAGGCAUUGUAUGCUGAAAUGAAAACUGUUCCAAUCUCAAAACUUGACAGAACGGUGUCUGACAAAGCUGUUAAAAAAUACAUAGAGGAUGAAAUGGCAAGACUUCCUGACAAAUUAUCAGUAACAUGGCCUGAAGGCGAUGAGUUAUUACCAAAUGAAACAAGAUUUGCUGGUACACCAAUAGGAGCAUUAAGAAUAGAAAUUUUGAAUAAAAAAGGAGAAGCAAUGCAAAAACUUCCAGGUACAAGCCACGGAGGUUCGAAGAAACUUCUUGUUGAACUCAAGGUUAUUUUACAUUCACCUACUGGGAAUAAAGAAAUAAUUUCCCAUAUCAGUCAGCAUGGAGGCAAAUGGCCGUACUGGUUUAAAAAAAUGGAAAAUCUUCAGAAACUUGGGAACUAUACCUUGAAACUGCAAGUAGUAUUGAAUGAAAGCAAUGCAGACACUUAUGCAGGAAGGCCUCUACCAUCUAAAACAUUUAAAUUUACUAUUAUAGAGGGCAAACCAGAGAAAUUUUCAGUUGGUCUUUUGGAGCUUCCUUUUCGGGUUGGAGUACCUUUUAAUAUUCCUUUGGAAUUGCAGGAUGAAUUUGGUCAUGCAACACAGCUGACAACUGCCAUGAAACCAAUUCUUGAAGCUAGUGGUUUGUCAUUGCAGUAUGGAGAAGUAACUGCAGGAACAAAGUGCAUCAUUAAGGGUGUCACUGCUAAAGGCUGUAUAAAUAGUUGCCAGGGCAAGAACUUUAAUCUGAAGGUUACUCUUCCUGGUUUGAAAGAAGACACACAAAUCUUUAAAAUAAGAUUGCAGCCUGGCCCUCCUCAUCAAUUGAAAGUAAAACCAGAUUCUGAAAUUCUAAAGAUUGAAAAUGGUACAGCUUUCCCCUUUCAGGUUGAAGUACUGGAUGAAUCAGGAAAUAUAACAGCACAGCCAAAGUUGAUAGUUCAUUGUAAGUUUUUAGGUGCUUCAAACCUUCCUGUGUAUUCUGUGGACUGCAGUAAUGCAGGAACAAACAUUUUAACUGGUCCAGUUAUACAUGUACAGAAUAUCAAGAAAGACCAGUUGCUGAAAGCAAGGAUUGAAAUACUUAGUUGUAAAGAUGUGCCACCAGUGGAAAAGAUUAUUAAACUUCUUCCUAGCAGUCAUGUUGCAAGACUACAGAUCUUAAGUAUGGAUGGACAAAAAGCUAUUCAAAUUAAACAUCAGGAUGAAAUUAAUUGGGUUGCUGGCGAUGUCAUGCACAACCUUAUAUUUCAGAUGUAUGAUGAAGGAGAAAGGGAGAUACACAUAACUCCAGCUAUGGCAGAAAAAAUCAAGGUUAACUGGACACCUAGAAUUAACAGAGAACAGCUGAUUCAGGGAUUAUUACCUGAUGUAAAAGUACCAACGUCAGUAAAAGAUGUUCGUUACUGUCUAAUUACUUAUCUUGAUGACCAUGUGUCUUUGGAGAGUGCGUUCACAGUCAGACCACUUCCUGAUGAACCCAAACACAUUAAAUGUAAAUUAAAAGGACCAAACACACUGCAGAUGGGUGAAGAACUACAAAGUGAAAUUGAUAUAAUGAUUACAGAUCAGUAUGGAAAUCAGGUUCAGACAGUGACAUCUGCAUGUCUAAAUUCCCUAGGAGUUUCUGGGCCUGGACUUGAUAAAUCCAAUUUGAAAAUAACUUGGCAGGAGAGUACUCUAACAAUGAGAGUAAAAGGUAUUCGGUUUAAACCUUGUUUACUUGGAAGCAAAGAAUUGUGCUUCGCUUGGCGUGAAUUUUCUGACUUUCUCAGAGUAAAUUUAACUGCAGGAUCCCCUGCUAAAUUACAGUUUGUGGAUUGGCCAGAGUUAGAAAAGCCUGUUGCAGUGAUUAAUGGUAGAGAAUUGCAGAAGCCCCUUAUUGUUCAGCUGUGUGAUCAGUGGGGAAAUCCAUCUCCUGAACCUAAUGUCAAAAUCAGCCUUAUAAAGGGUAACAACUUAAAGAUUGUUCCUUCAAACCAGCAACUUAAAACAGAUGAAAAUGGUAGGGCUAACCUGGGAGUUAUUAGUAUUCAUGCACCUAGGGGAGAGCACACUUUACAGCUUAAAGCCUUACACAACAAGACCACAUUAGAUUGUCCUAUAAUCACAUUAAAUGUCCUGCCUGAUCCUGAGAAACCUGUCUGCUUGAAUGUUAAAUAUGACAAAAAUGCUUCUUUUCCAGCAGGAGGUACUUUCCCUGAUUUUAUGGUUAGUGUUCUUUCUGAAGAUGAAAACAUUAUUAAAAAUAUUAAUCCAGCACGGAUUUCUAUGAAAAUGUGGGAAGCACAGAGCAGUGGAACUAGGAUACCAGUUGAUGUUACAACAUUUAGCUGUAGUAAAGUGAAGGAUGACAAAGAAGAUGGUUUCUUCUACUUCAGGGAUAAAGUGGUUCCAGAGAGAGUGGGCACUUACAGUAUCCAGUUUACCUUUGCAAUGGAUAAGACAAAUAUGCUCAGCAGUGACCAGAUUAUAGUUGAAGUUGUACCUAAUGACCCUGUACGCUUGUUACCUGAUUCUUUACCAGCUACUCCAGCAGUUUCCAAUGUUCGAACUCUUACUAGCCGUACACUGGUCAAGGAUUUAUACCUCCAUGUAAUGGAUGAAUACAAUAACCGCACUGGAAUUGAUCUAGUUGGCAGAAUAAUAGCAAAAAUUAAGAGCCCCAGUGAAGAUGACACAGAGAUCCCACAGUUUCAGGGGAAAGUCAGUACAAUUGAGUUUCCAUUUGACAGAGGAUCAGCUGAAAUUAAUCUAGUGCUGGCUGAAAACAGCCCUGGAAGAGAUAGCACUGAAUAUAUUCUUGUAUUUGAGCCAGAUCUGCCAGCUUUGAAAAAACCUUUGGAACCAUACUGUCUGUCAUUUAUGUUUUACAAUGAUUUCAAGAAGCAGCAACAGAUGGCAACACUUACAAGGGAGAGAGACCAAUUAUCUCAGUCCAUAGGUGUUUACAGAAAUUGGUUUGAUACUACUAAUCAGCUUGUAACUGAAAUUAAAUGUCAGGUUAAAGAAGCUGAAACAAGAGAAACUCACCUGAAGAACGAACUGAGAAAACACCAAAUUGAAUUACCACAGACAAACACACUUCAGUAUGUGGAUUCUCUUAUAAAACAAAAGGUGUUGGAUCAAGAAAGAGUAAUGAAACAGCCAAGACGAACUUGUACCCUCCCAAACUAUCCAAAAGGCAGCCAGGAUAUUUUAGGCAAGAUUGCACAUUUAGCUCAAAUUGAGGAUAAUGAAGCAGCAAAAGUUAUCUCUUGGCAUUUGGCAAGUGACAUGGACUGUGUAGUCACACUGACUACUGAAGCCGCUCGUUCUAUUUUUGAUGAAACUCAAGGUCGACAGCAAGUGUUACCCCUUGAUUCUAUUUACAAGAAGACACUCCCUGAUUGGAACAGGCCUUUGCCUCACUUGAGAAAUGGAAAAAUCUUCUUCAGACCUAUUGGAAAUCCUGUAUUUGCCAGAGAUCUGUUAACAUUUCCAGAUAAUGUAGAGCAUUGUCAAACAGUGUUUGGGAUGCUCUUGGGUGACACUAUCAUUAUAGAUAACUUGGAUGCUGCCAACCAUUACAGAAAAGAGGUUGUAAAAAUUACACAUUGCCCUACUUUGCUGACUAGGGAAGGAGACAGGAUUCGCAGCAAUGGAAAAUUUGGAGGCCUUCAGAAUAAAGCUCCUCCAAUGGACAAACUCAGAGGAAUGGUAUUUGGAGCACCCAUGCCAAAACUUUACUCUACUUUCUCUGGACAGAUAGAUCUUCUUCAGCAAUACCGUGCAGCAGUGGUGAAACUUGAUAAUGUGAAUAAGGACCUUGAUUUACAUUUGCAGUCACUUAACACUCCAGAAAUGCAGAAGAAAAAACAGGAACUUGCCGAACAAGAGAAAAGCCUCAAGCUAAUAGAGCAAAAAUUGGGUAUGACUCCAUCAGAUAAAGUCACUGAAUCAUUACUUCAGCCACAUCAUAUGUUAGAUAUGUCUGACACCCCCAUCCCUCCCAAAAGAAUGCGAAGAGAAACAGUAAAAAAAUUGUAUAGCUCAGAAGAAUGGAUCUCCUCUCCCACAAAGAAGCAGCAGCAACAGCAACUGCUGCAAAUAUCCCCUUCAGAACUUAAUGGGACUCCACGAAAGAGAAAGGCAUAAGACUGAUGAGACUUGCUGAAAAUAGCUAUGUAUUGAAAAUGUGAAUACAUUCAGUUAAAGGAAAUAUUCAUGUUGUAUUACCCAUUACUAUGAAGAUUUUUAUACUGAUAGAAGAUAUAAAUGUAUUUCAGUUAGUAGUAACAAAAAUUUAAGUAUUUAACAUUGAUAGCCUAAUUUUUGUAUAGUUAAUUUUCAUUUCUAAAAGCUUUCAGAAUUUUUAUGUUCAUGUGUGAAAAAAGUUUAAAGUAUAUCCUUUUUUAUUUAUGAAAAAAAUCAAUCUUUUCAAUAAAACUGCUUCAGUACAAAGCCCUGCCAAUAUAAUUGAUUGUAAUAAUUAAGUCAACAGAUUGUGCCAUGAAAUGAGAUUUUAAUUUUAAAAGCAUCCCAGGCUGUCUUGGGGAAGAGAACUUUCUGGACUGCUCUUUUUGGAUGUAUGAGCUGUUGAGGUAGUAUCAAUUUAAAAGGGAGGGUUUGAGCAGUGAUAUACUGAGAUCUAACCACAGCCGUUUGUAGAGCCUUUAGACAGUUAACAACAAGUCAGUAUCUAAGGCUAUGUCCAAGGUGUUGACAUGGGAAUUCAUAUCUCCUUCAGACAGCGCCAGUGGAAAAAACAAAGUAGUAACUUGUGAGGGUGAAAACUGUAACAGGUUUACUAUGAGGCUAUUUUAUGGAUUGGGAGAGUGGUGAGUAGGGAUACUUCAUGGGUGCAAAUGAGAUACAAUAUUGUACCAAUACUGACCACUUUUCAGCGUCUGUAUUACCACAACCCUCAUAAAAAACUGUGUGUGUAUGCAGUUUAAGAGUUGGAAAUGGAGACUUAAGCUGAACAUAAGAUAAUCGUGUUGGGAAACUGUA